CCCGUGUUUUGUAACUGACUUUAGAUCCCUAAGUAUUAUUUAGAAAAAAGAAAUCCCUAAUUUUCUAUUUUGCGUUGGGCCAUACAAAAACAAAUCUCUCCCUUCGUCCCAAAUUACAAUAACAAAUUUUCAAAAUCUCAAAAGAAUUUUAAUUUUUGUUGUUAACCCAGUGAGCAUCGCCUCAAUUCUCGCUGCAUAAUCACAGCAUCUCUCUGGUCCUGAGAAUUGGAUCCGUUUGAGGAGUUUUUAUGUGCUACUCUUGAUGGGUGCGCCAAAACAGAAAUGGACAGCAGAAGAAGAGGCAGCUCUAAAAGCUGGAGUUAUUAAACAUGGGGCCGGCAAAUGGCGCACAAUACUUAAAGAUCCUGAAUUUAGUGGUGUUUUGUACCUGCGAUCGAAUGUGGAUCUCAAGGAUAAAUGGAGAAAUAUGAGUGUAAUGGCAAAUGGGUGGAGCUCCCGCGAGAAGUCUAAGUUAGCUGUUAAAAGGGUGCACCAUGUCCCAAAACUGGAAGAGAACCCUAUGGCCCUCAAUACUGUUGCUCAAAGUGAUGAAGAUAUUUCAGAUACUAAGCCUAUUGCGGUUACCAAUUCUGUAAUGCAGACUGCUGGUCCAAAGAGAACAACUGUGAGGCUGGAUAAUCUUAUAAUGGAGGCUAUAACUAGCUUGAAGGAGCCUGGUGGUUCUAAUAAGACAACAAUUGCUGCAUAUAUUGAGGAACAAUACUGGCCGCCUCAUGACUUCAAGAGGAUAUUGUCAGCAAAACUGAAAUAUUUGACAUCAAAUGGCAAGCUGAUUAAGGUUAAACGCAAGUAUAGAAUUGCACCUACUUCAACUUUUUCUGACAGGAGGAGGAAUUCUUCUAUGUUAUUCAUGGAGGGAAGACAAAGGAUAUCUCCAAGAGUUGAGAGGGAUGAUUUCAAUAUGCCCACAAAGUCUCAAAUUGAUUUGGAGCUGGCCAAGAUGAGAACUAUGACAGCACAAGAGGCUGCUGCAGCAGCUGCUCGAGCAGUUGCAGAGGCCGAAGCUGCUAUAGCAGAAGCUGAAGAGGCUGCAAGGGAGGCAGAGGCUGCAGAAGCUGAUGCAGAAGCAGCACAAGCAUUUGCAGAAGCUGCUAUGAAGACACUGAAAGGAAGGCAACCACCCAAGAUGCUUGUGCUUUGGAGACUUGGUCAGCUGACAUUAAAGUCUCUUAAACUAGAGACCAGCAAAGUUCUCUUUGCUACUUAAUUGGACUGAAUGAUCUUCAUAAUGGCCAUACACCUGGAAAUAUAUGAUCCGAGCUUGAUGGGGAUAAUCAAAGAAGAGCAAUGAGACAGUUUGAUCAACACCAAGAUGGAUAUUCAUCACAUGCUGACGUUGCCCGUCUGUAAAUAUGGAAAGGCUUUUUUUUUUCUGUAGGGUACACAAUAUGACAAUAUAUUUAGCUGUGGAUCCUGGUGGUUUGGUAGAUUGCAAUUGCAUAGGCAGCUCGUUCUUUUCGACAGGAGUUUCAAAUGGGAAUUUGUUAUUUUCUUCCCCUUUUCUGGAAACUAAUGCUUUGUUGUCAGUGGUUGUUUCCAAGAUAGAUUUUAAAGAAAAGAGUAGCUAGAAUGUAAAAUAAAAAAAAAUAAAAAAAAAAAUAGGAGCAAUGAUUCUGACAGGCUUGUUUGUGGUCCGUUUAAUUUUUCAUUAGAUGGACAGUUCAGGGACUAUUGGUUUUGGAAUUUUUUUCAGGCACACAAGCUUUAAUCAGGUUUAGAACAUAGCUAAUGUAUGCACAUGGAGAAGCAUGUGCUUGGAGUAUUUUUCUUUGCUGUAAUCACUAAUCAGAUGUAAGAUGUAGGACAGAAACCUUGUAAUCUUUUCAGGAAUCAUUGUUGAUGACUCUUAAAACAAA